AGACGACACUUCAGGCCACGCCCCUACAGCUAUCCCACAAUCCCGUUCUGCGCAUGCGGACUGAGCUUCGAGUGACAGAAAGCAAAAUGGCGGCAAUGGCGGCUAAACUUGGAAGUUCAAGUUGUUGACUUCUUCACAAAUCUGUAUUUCUGCUGUGUUUCGGAGCUGCGUUCGACCCUCGGAUGAACCAUGGCGGAAGCCAAGCGGAUUGUGCCGAUUCCUCUGAAGGGAAUGAAGCCGUUGAACAAGGAGAAGAAGGAGAAAUCGACGCCUCCUCGUGCUCCGACCCUUCGGUUCGCCCUCAACCUCACACCGAGCACGGAUAAAACCUGUCCCGAGAUCUCCUAUGUCGACCUCGUUAAAAAUGCCAUGUGUAAAGACAAGGACAGUAGGCCAACUCCAAAUAAGGACGCCGAGGUCAUUGACUCCGAUGACCCCUUCGCUGCAGCAGAUGCUAAAGAGAUAGCGGAUGUGGAGAGGAUCGCCAGGCACUUCGAAGAGAAAUACGGUCCGUCUACAGUCAGCAAGUCAGCCAAGGGCAAAAGAAGGGACAGAAUACAGUAUGAUGAGUUAGUGCCUGCCGACAUCACCACCAAACUUGGGGGCUUCUACAUCAACUCCGGCGUGCUAGAGUUCCGAGAUGUCUCCGACUCAGAUUCCGAGGGGAACUUCAAGGCACCAGGUGUGAAAAGGAAAACUCCAAAGAUUUUGUCUGACUCUGAGGAUUCCGGAGGGGACUUCAAGGACGCCACCAAGAAAAAGAGAAAAAUGAGAAAACCUUCCAAAGACGGUGUAGAGAAGGACGGGGUGAGAAAACGGAAGAGAUUAAAGGACCCGCUGGACCCCAACAAACCCAAGAAGCCACGGAAACCUCGGGAGAAAGGAGACGGCACGACCAAGCCCCGUAAGAAGAGCACCCCUACUGUGGCGGAGCUGCUACAGAGACAGCAACAGUUACACCAGCCCGGCCAGAACCCCCUAACUACCUCCAACAGCACCUCCCCACCCUCAGCAGGCCUCCCGAUACACAACAGCAACAUGUCGCCAUCAAACCUGCUCGCUUCUGCCGGCUUCGGGACACUAGGUAGGGUGUGUUUGUUUGUUUGUUUGUUUGUUUGUCGAACUACCUCCAACAGCACCUCCCCACCCUCAGCAGGCCUCCCGAUACACAACAGCAACAUGUCGCCAUCAAACCUGCUCGCUUCCGCUGGGUUCGGGACAUUAGCAGGUGGCGACGCUGGCUCCUCCCUCCUGACCAGCAGCAUCCUGUCCGGUCUCACCGAUGUUAGCCAGGGCGCGGGAGACGGCAUCAACCCCGAGAAACCCCCCAACCUUCCCACCGGGCUGCCCUCUGACCUGCAGACUACCAUCGUCAAGCUGAAAGAGGCUGCCGAGAUGUCUUCAGACGGAAAGUGCAAGUUCUUCACCCCCUCGGUCAACAGCAUGCUGUUGGAGGAGUGUUUGCCCAUCUGGCUGCCCACCUCCCCUGCACAAAGGACACGCUCCUCAAGAGGGCCAAGAAACUCAGACAUAGUGAACUUGACAGCCAGCUGCGCGAGCCGCUGUUCCGGUUACGGGAGGCGAUCGGAAAGGUGAUGCCAGAACAGAUCCGGCGCCACCAGGAGGAGUGCAAGAUCGCCACACAGGCCAAGAUAGAACAGAUACAGGAGAGUCAACAGAGCCUGCACAAGGACGGGGAACAGGAGAACCCAGCAGGGUCCACCUCAGAUGAGGAUGAAGAAGGAACCAAGAACAGUCUGGACAACAUCAAGAUCAAACGGUCCAGCAUGCCCCGGAGGAAGUUUGAGUGGACAGACGAGAUCAGGAAACUUCUGUACGAGGUAGUGCGGAUCAAGGUGCAGCACUACGACAAGUCUCGCUCCCAGUCUGCCGAGGAGUACCUUAAGACUUACCUGGAGCAGGAGGUCAAGAACUGCUGGCCCAAGGGCUGGAUGCAGGCCAGGAUGCUGUUUAAGGAGAGUAGAUGUAUCCACAACUGUAUAACUGCACAGCCGCCAAAGCAGAAAAAGAUACAAGUGAAUCCUGCGCCAAAGAAAGCAGCAAUUGUCAAGUUUGGGCUGGACCAUCCACCCCAUGUGUGGGGGUGGAGCCAGCAGGUAGGCCAAACGGAACCCUGGGAUCCUGCAGUCUCAAGGCAGGAGCGCAAGGCACCAUCGCCAGGGGGGAUCCCUUCCGGAAUCGUCGGCGCCAACAACUCCACCCCGCCGAGCCAGACGUUCCCCAAACCCGUUGCCAUGACAACGUCGACGCCAGCGUCGUCAUCGCCGUCCGCUCUCCAGUCGAUGUCGCUCUUCGCGUCGUGCGUGACCGCGGAAAAGCAGCACAUCGCCACAUCGUCGACGUCUCUCCCCAACGCCCCCGCCCUGACGUCCUCCAUCGCCUCUUUCAUCCCCACCCUACUGGACUAUGCAGACCUGGACGGAUCCAAGACGAAACCCAAGGAGUUCUCACCCCCUUCUUCCUCCUCGCACCUUAAAGACUCGCCCACGGAUAACUCCAUCGGGAACGCGAUCGACGCGGUGGUGAGACAGGCGCGGUCGCACUCGCAGCCCGCACAGGACUUAACGGCUGUGGUUAAAGCGAGCCCUCCGCAAAUCGCCGCAAAGAAACCCGCAAGUGACGUUGUUCGGCCAACUAUGAAGAGUCCUCCCAGUGUAUCGUCACAGCCGCAACAGCAGAGACCACCAUCGGACACCAGGUCUCAGUUUGGGAAGUCGUUCCAGGCACUGUUUGAACAGUCCAUCCAGCAGGCCUUCUCUCUACCCAAGCAGGGUGAGGGGGCAAGCUCCCAGCCCGCACGGCAACAACCCUCGGCCUCUGGCCCACAGAACCUGCCGACCACUACCUCUCCGUAUGCCCAGUUCCAGACUCAGAUCCAGAGCUCGCAGCCCAAAGCCAAACCUCAGUCCUACACCAAACCACAGUUUCAGACCUCUACUCAGGCAUCCAUGUACUCUAGCAAAAGCCAGCCCCAGACUUUGUCUCAGGCACCCAUGUUCUCUAGCAAAAGCCAACCCCCACAGACAUCUCCUCAGGCACCCUUGUUCUCCAGCAAAAGCCAGCCUCAAACCUCUCCUCAGGCAUCUUUGUACUCCAGCAAAGGGCAGUCUCAGACUUCGCCUCAGGCACCCCUUUACUCCAGCAAAGGCCAGCCCCAGACUGCUGCUCAGGCACCCAUGUUCUCCAGCAAAGGGCAGCCGUUCCCCUCUCAGGGCCAGACCUCACCGUUUGAGCGAACAACGCAAGGAAGCCCCAAGACUGGCAUGAGCCUAACCCAUGGCAACCAGUCCAGCCUGACCCACGGUAACCAGUCUAACCUAGCCCACGUCAACCAGUCUAGCCUAACCCAUGGCAAACAGGUCAGCCUAACCCAUGGCAGUCAGUCUAGCCUAACCCACAGUAACCAGGCUAGUCUAACCCAUGGUAGCCAGUCUAGCCUCACCCACGGUAACCAGUCUAGCCUAACCCAUGGCAACCAGUCCAGCCUAACCCAUGGUAACCAGUCAAUCCUAACCCACAGUAACCAGGCUAGUCUAACCCAUGGUAGCCAGUCAAGUCUACCCCAUGGCAACCAGAGCAGUCUAUCCCACGGUAACCAGUCCCAUGGCAACCAGGUCAGCCUAACCCAUGGCAACCAGGCCCGACAGAGUGGACUGUCGCAUAGCUCACCCAACCUGAGCCCCCACGGACAGGGUUACAACCCCACGUCCCCACUAUCCCACCAGAAACCAGCGGGCUACACACCCACAUCACCCCUCUCCCACCAGAAACCCGCGGGCUACACACCCACGUCGCCCCUGUCCCACCAGAAACCCACGGGUUACAGCACAAGCAGCCCCAAGUUCACCUCCAGUCUGGCUUCCAUGGGCGGCAUCGCCCCCGACCUCAGCAGCUUCCAGCUGCCCGGGCUGACCUCCUUACCCCAGCCCCAGCGCGGGUCGGGCCGACCCAGCCUGUCCCAGGCCCAGCUGACCCACCCCACGACCCAGGCCCUGCCCGUGUACCAGAUGGGACUGGCGGACCCCAGAAGAGACCAGUCGUCGCCGGCGGGCGGACAGAGAGUGGCGAUGUCUGACGCGAUCAUCACAGGCCCGGCACCCGGUACCUUCAACCAUGUGCAGGCCUUCGGACCAGGAAGGGGUCCAAGUUCCAAGGUUAAAGGUCAACCACCUACAGUGACCUUCCAAGUUCCCUCAGCAGGCGGCUCUCUGCCCCCAUUCGGAACCCUCCGUAGCAGCCCCACCCGGCAACAGUAUCCAGGCAACCAGUUCUCACAAGCUUUCUCCGUCCCUGAAAGCCUUGGUAGUGGGAGGCACCACGAUAUCAUGGCAUGUCUGAGUCGGCCCGGCUCGGGUGGCGGUCUGCCCAAAGAAGCGAAGAACCAGAGUCACAGCAGCAACAACUCCACCUCCCCACACAGGCAGAUCCAGUAGUACCACAGGACAGCAGCAAACCAAAGCACGGAGGCACACCAACACUCAACUCUUCAAACUGACAGUCACAAACAUCCCGUAGGAUAGGCCCGGCACUUGUACAUGUACAUGUCAGUCAACAACCCAGGCCCACAAUUUGUCCUUCUCACUGCAUCAGUGCUUGCUUUUGUCAGCCAAUCAGAUACUCUGUUGUCGCUGGAGCCAAAGCUACCAGCCAAUCACCUUGCCUCUUGGCUGUAGGCUGCAACGCCAUUGGCUGGUGCCUUUGCUUG